AUGGCGGAAGAUUCACCGACAGGAGGUCCACCAUCUGGUCCAUCUCCAUCGACGAACGAUGAAUCUGCUGCAAGUCAGACUCAGACCUCAAAAUUAAAGAGAAGCUGUCCAGGGAGUUCAAGUGAGGCAGCUGCUGCUACUGUUGGUCCCGGGAUUGCAGGGGAUGGUGGUACUUCGAGAAGGUCCAUAGUUUGGCAACACUUCGAACAGUUGGUAGUCGACGGUAUAUCCAGAGCCAAAUGCAAACAUUGCAAAAAACUGUACAGAUGUGAUACUCGAAGGAAUGGUACAUCUUCACUUCUUCACCAUAUGUCUGUUUGUAAGGCUAAUCCGGAUGUGACCGAGAAAAAACAAUCGAAAUUGGUUUUGCAUUCAAUAGCUGAGGAUGGUGAAAUGGCAAGGGGUUUAAUUAGUUGA